UUUUCUUUUCAUUCUCCUCUUUGUUGACGUAUAUUCUUACACGCUGUGAAGCACUGAAGCCUAACUCCUCUGCCUCCUCCUAUUCUUGUAAUCUCCGAACAAAGUCCAAUCCUCGACGGAGUUUUCGAUCCAACAAACCCCAAUAUUCAUCUACAAAACUUAAUUCUCUGAAUACCCUUUAUUCCAUUACUCACAAAAAAUCAGUCUUUCUCCUUAUCUUGUUCUUUCUUUCUGGUAUUUGAUCAAGAAAGUUCACUUCAAAUUCGUCGAAUCCAUGGCGGUCGCGGACCAUUCGAUCCAUACGUGUUUUGGUGUAAAAGCCAAUAACCCAAGUGCCAACUUACAGAAAACUGUUUUUGGAGUGCCCGUUUUGCAUCAUGGGGUGUCCUGUGUUGGGAAAGAAUUGAAAAGGAAAGUUGGUGGUGGUGGAGUGCAGGCGGUGCAAGUGGGUUUGGCGGCGGCAGAGAGUUUGAAAAGUUUGAAGAGUUUGGAUCUUGAUGUGGUGUCGGAGAGGGAGUUGAGGGAGAAGGGGUUUUUGGGGUUGAGGAAGACCAAGCUUGUGUGCACAAUUGGGCCGGUGUGUUCUUCUGUGGAGGAUUUGGAGAAGUUGGUUUUGGGAGGGAUGAAUGUGGCAAGGCUGAAUAUGUGUCACAACACGCGGGAGUGGCACCGCGACGUCAUUAGGAAGAUCAAAAGGUUGAAUGAGGAGAAGGGGUUUUCUGUUUCUGUUAUGAUCGAUACCGAAGGUACUCAGAUUCAUGUUGUUGAUCAUGGAGCUCCAUCCUCUCUUAAAGUUCAGGAGGAUUCAAUCUGGCUAUUUACCACUGAAAAUUUUGAAGGUUCCCUUCCAUUCACAGUACAAGCAAAUUAUGAAGGUUUUUCUGAUGGUAUCAAAGAGGGUGAUGAACUUGUUAUUGAUGGAGGAAUGGCACGCUUUGAAGUCAUUGAAAAAUUAGGAAGCGACCUGCGUUGUAAGUGCACAGACCCCGGUCUAUUCCUGCCUCGAGCCAAAUUCAGCUUUUGGAGAGAUGGGAAGCUUGUGGAGAGGAACUAUGACCUCCCAACUCUGUCUACUAGGGAUUGGUCUGACAUUGAAUUCGGAAUCUCUGAAGGUAUCGAUUUUAUUGCGAUGUCAUUUGUAAACAACGCUGAAUCUGUGAAGCAUUUGAAGAAUUACCUCAUCACCAAAUCAGCCAAAUCCACAAGAGUUUUGGCAAAGAUUGAGAGUUUGGAGGCCCUUCAGAAUUUGGAAGAAAUUAUAAAGGCUUCUGAUGGAAUCAUGAUUGCGCGAGUUGACCUUGGAGUUGAGAUUCCACUUGAACAGAUUCCAACAGUCCAAGAGGAAAUAACCAAUGUCUGCAGGCAGUUAAACAAGCCGGUAAUUGUAGCUUCUCAGUUUCUUGAGUCAAUGAUCGAAUACCCAACUCCAACACGUGCUGAGGUUGCAGAUGUUUCAGAAGCUGUUCGACAAUAUGCAGAUGCAUUGAUGUUGGCCGGGGAAUCAGCAAUUGGAUUAUUUGGAGAGAAGGCUCUUUCUGUUCUUCAAACAACCAGCAGUAGAAUGGAAACAUGGAGUCGUGUGGAAAACCAGCAAGGUUCUCUCCUCCAGCGCCAACUAGGAGUCUCGUUGCCUGACCGCAUUGCUGAGCAGAUAUGCAAUUCAGCUGUUGAAAUGGCUAACAACCUCGCUGUGGAUGCAAUCUUUGUUUACACCAAGCAUGGGCACAUGGCAUCGCUCUUGUCACGAAACAGACCAAGCCCUCCCAUAUUUGCUUUCACAAACGAUGAAAGCACCCGUAUGGCUCUGAAUUUGCAGUGGGGAGUGAUCCCUCUUCUUGUUGAUCUAUCGGAUGAUACGGAGUCUAACAUCUCAAGCACCAUCCAUCUCCUAAAAUCAAAGGGAUUGGUGAAACAAGGAGAUUGGGUCUUGGUGGUCUCGGAUGUCACUCCUUCCCGCGCUACUCCGAUGGCGUUCCAAUCAAUCCAGGUGAAGACCAUUGUUUAGGAGGAGAACUGUUUCUUUGUUUAAGGUUACCAACAUGAACUAACUUGGCCAAAUUACAAAUAAAAACGCCCCGUUUCGUGAGCGCCAAGCCUCCCGCCUUGCUGCUAAGUGUGUCGAGUUCUUCAAGAAGAUCAUUUCCGUACUGCCUGGUGGGAAGAAGCUUGAGAAAAAGCUGAAAAUCUUCGAGAAUGGCCGUAUAAGCGAAUUUAUUUUGAUGGGUUCUGUGUAUAUUUGUGGGUCACUUUUGAAUGUUAUCCUAGCCCGGGGUUAGCAUUCGGUUCCAAGGAUAGUGAAGGAACUGCGCAGACAAAAGUCAUCUGAAAGUUUGUUUAUACAAAGCUUAUCAUUUUGCAGAUUUCCCAAAUGGUGAUAAUAAAUUAUCUGUUGUUGUCCAA